GCCAGAGCCUGAGAUAUGACGUCACAACAUGUCUGACCUAAGAGUCUUGUGAUCGCUUGAAUCUAUAUAAACAGUGUUUUGAUUCAUACCCACGUUUCGUUCAGGUGACAGCUGGAUUUAUCUGUUAUUGUAAGUUAGCAGCUAAACUUUCACCAUGUUCAAGAGCGGGCCUAAUUACACAAAACUCAAAACUAACCUCAGACUGGUGAUAAACCGUCUGAAGUUGUUAGAAAAGAAAAAGACGGAAAUAGCUUUGAAAUCGAGAAAAGAAAUCGCCGACUAUAUUACAGCCGGUAAGGAAGAUCGAGCCAGAAUCAGGGUGGAACACAUCAUUCGUGAAGAUUAUCUGGUUGAAGCUAUGGAGCUGUUGGAGAUGUACUGUGACUUGCUGUUGGCACGGUUUGGGCUGAUUCAGACACAAAAAGAACUUGAUCCUGGAUUGGAGGAAUCUAUUGCAAGCAUAAUAUGGGCAACACCCAGACUACAAGCUGAUGUCCAAGAACUGAAAGCAGUUACUGAUGAAUUUACAGCCAAAUACGGAAAAGAAUUUGGUAUGGCAUGUCGAUCAAAUUGCCUGAACAAUGUCAGUGAGAAAGUGAUGCACAAACUGAGUGUCCAAGCACCACCCAAGACUUUGGUGGAAAGAUAUAUGGAUGAGAUUGCCAAGUCUUAUAAUGUCCCAUUUGUGCCAGAUGCAUCGGUCAUGUCACAUGAUGAGAUACUGUUGGCAGAGAACAUGCUGAUAGAUUUUGGAAACGAAGACAGGAAAGGAGGAGGAGGAUCAGGCCCAAGUGGUGGUAUGGGGGCACUCCAGCCCGUACCUUCAGCCUCAUCAGCUCCUUACCCAGCCAACAAUGUGUCCUACCCCCCACAGCACCAACCUUAUCCCGCUGGUAAAGUACCCCCUGCACUACCAACUUCACCCCCCGCAGGGCCCCCCAGCAUGUCACCACCCCCAGCAUACAACACCCCUGGCUACCCUGAACCGAGCGGUGCUCAAGCCCCCUACCCUAGUCAGGAUCAGCUGUAUGACAACAAUGUCAAGCCAGCCAUGCCCCCCAAUCCGGGCUUCAAUAUCCCCGAUCUGCCGGCCGUCCCCACCAAUACCCUCCCUGACCUGGGUAACACUGUGGGGUCAGGAUCAGCGGGGGGAGAGGAUGUUGACUUUGAUGACCUGACCAAGCGGUUUGAAGCUCUCAAGAAGAAGAAGUAGUUUCUCUACAUUUGAACAGUGUGUAUAAUUCCCGUCAAGAUUUUAAGCAGUAUGUGUCAAGAUGUAUUCAACUGUUUAUCAUUCACAUCUAGCAAGCAUGAUGAAGAUGAUGAUGAAAUCAAUAUAAUCCCCCUGGUAAAUACAGAAGGCUGUGUAUCAUUGUAUGCUACUUCCAGACAAGAGACUCACUGUGGCCAUGGUUUCAGAUGUAAUACUAUUAAAAAUGUUGAUAUUUGAGUCUUUGGAUCUCUACAGUUUUCGUCAAGAAGUUGUGUUAAUUUGAUCUUUGUGGAGAAUUUAGAAUUGUUAAGUGUUAAGAGAAAGUAACGUGAAGGCCACUGUUUUGUUAUGCUUUUCACCUACCAUACCACAAUGUACUUGGUAACAAUGUUAGCAAGGGACGUACAAAGACAGAUGUCCAUGUUGAAGUGAAUGUGUUAUGUGUAUGUAUAAUAUGUAUGUAUAUAUAGACACACACUGAUUUGUACAUUCAUAUAUUAAACAUUUUAAACCCUAUUUUCCCAUUCUUUAUCACCAAGGUGAUCCACAUAUUUAUCUACGAUUGUUUCUGAUUAGCUGUUGUCUUUAUUCCCCAUAUAGAACAUUAACUUAUUGUACUUAAAAGGCCAUUAUGACUUUGUUAUGAGUUACGAGUAGAUGACAAAAGUCCAGAGUCAUUGUCAUUCAUAAUUUCCGCAGGACAGUUUGUCCCAGGAUAACAGUUCACUGGCUGUUGGGUUUAAUGGAAGUUGGGUUUAAUGUAUGAUUUGUGUAAGAAAUACUGGGUACUUGAUAUCAGUCUCAUAGUUAAUUUAUUGUGGACUAAUUGUAUGGAACUGAAAUUGUUUUCAAAAUACUUUCAAAUACUGAUACAGCAAUGUUGAUAUGUCUUAGGGAGUCUCAGGAACAUAGCUGGUACCAUAUACGGCUUUAGAAAUUUGCUCUUCUUAAGACUUGGCCAGACGACCAGUGUAGACUAAACAACUUUAGUCCUGACAACUGGUUCGGAAGUAUAGCCCUGUUCUGGUAGUGGCAAGGAAGCGCUACCACCUUGUAAUUCCUACUUGUGGCCACAGUCUGAAUUUUGGAGGCUGUAUAUUCAUUAGGGUUCUACAAACAUAUUUCAGUUAAUAAUUAGAAAGUUCCGGGUAUAUUAAUAACUUUGUUUUUAGGUUUGGUUUGCACAUUACAGAGCACCAGUAAAAGAUACCUGACAUGGCACUGAUGUUAGCAAUAAGUUACAUGAUGGCUUCAGAUGCAUCAGCUGUGUAUCACUGCUUGGAAUACUUCAUGUUGUGACACCCAACUUUCUGAUUUGAUGCCUUUUCCUCUGUCAGGCCUGUUUAUAAUUCUCUGCGCAUUGCAAUUUAAUGUUUCAUUAAUAUAACCAUUUUAAAAUAUAA